AAGGACGGUCACCGGAGCCGCCUGCGUCACAGGCCUUCCCCGGCGGGGUCUGGUUACGCCCCAGAUCGCAAUGACACCCCGCCUGGUGAAUAAUUAAGCAGCCCCUCCUUGCAGACCAGGCCUGGGAGCCGCACACACUCGCAGCCGCCGCCGCGCUCCCUGGGGCUCCCGGCCCAGCCUCCGCCUCCUCAGUGCCGUCAGCCGCCCAUGGCCCCCGACAUGGACCAGUUCUACAGAUCCACCAUGGCCAUCUACAAGAGCAUCAUGGAACAGUUCAACCCCCUGGAGAACCUGGUGUACCUGGGUAAUAACUACCUGCGGGCCUUCCACGCUCUGUCUGAGGCAGCCGAGGUAUACUUCAGCGCUAUCCAGAAAAUCGGGGAGCAGGCCCUGCAGAGUUCUACCUCCCAGAUUCUGGGGGAGAUCCUGGUGCAAAUGUGCGACACCCAACGGCACUUGAACUCAGACCUGGAGGUGGUGGUGCAGACGUUCCACGGAGACCUGCUGCAGCACAUGGAGAAGAACACCAAGCUGGACAUGCAGUACAUCAAGGACAGCCGCCAGCACUACGAGAUCGAGUACCGCCACCGCGCGGCCAACCUGGAGAAGUGCAUGUCCGAGCUGUGGCGCUUGGAGCGCAACAGGGACAAGAACGCGCGGGAGAUGAAGGAGAGCGUGAACCGGCUGCACGCGCAGAUGCAGGCGUUCGUGUCCGAGAGCCAGCGGGCCGCGGAGCUGGAGCAGAAGCGCAGGUACCGCUUCCUGGCCGAGAAGCACCUGCUGCUCUCCAACACCAUGCUGCAGUUCUUCAACCGGGCCCGGGGCGCGCUGCAGACCCGCGUGGUGCUGUGGAGGGAGCAGUCGGAGGCCAGCCGCGGCCCGGCGCGCGCCCACUCCCCCGGCCUGCUGGGCCCCGCGCUGGGGCCGCCCUACCCCGCCCGCCUGGACACGCCCGCGCGCAGCCCGCACGGCCCCGACGAGGCCGACGCCGCCCCGCGGGAGCCCGAGCGCCGGCCCCUGCCGCGGACGCCGUCGGCCUCCUCGCUGUACAGCGCCCCGCGCGCGCGCUCCGGCUCGUGCGGCGAGCGCCCCGGCGGCGCCCGGCGGGCCCGCGCCCUCGUCUCGCACUCGGAGGGCGCCAACCACACGCUGCUGCGCUUCUCGGCGGGGGACGUGGUGGAGGUGCUGGUGCCCCAGGCGCAGAACGGCUGGCUCUACGGCAAGCUGGAGGGCUCGUCCGCGAGCGGCUGGUUCCCUGAGGCCUACGUGAAGCCUUUGGAGGAGACGCCCCCCCAGCCCCCUGCGCCCCCCGAGUCCCAUGACCCCACGACCCCGAUGAAUGAGCUACCUGUCAGGUCCUACCCGCUCCGGGGCAGCCACAGCCUCAAUGACCUCCUGGGCCAGCCGGGCAACUCCACGGUGCCCCCCGAGUACUGGGAGGGCCAGCCCCGCCCCCGGACCCCGAGCCGCGUCCCCAGCCGCGCCCCCAGCCCUGUGCCCACACCUCUGCCCGGCAGCCGGCGGGGCAGCAUGGGGGCGGCCGGCAACGUCAAGCCCCUCACGGCCUGGGAGCAGCACCCGCCGGAGCUCUUCCCUCGGGGCACAAAUCCCUUCGCCACGGUGAAGCUGCGCCCCACCGUCACCAACGACCGCUCAGCCCCCCUCAUCCGCUGAGGCGCCUCCUGCAGGGCUCGGCCCGGCUCUGCGCCCCUCG